GCUCGGAUUUUCAGUUGUUCCGAAAUGGCUGUUCUGAUCGUAUUGCUGAUCGGUGUAAUCACCUUCGUGGCGUGGUAUGUGCACCAGCGCUUUAACUAUUGGAAGCGUCGCGGCAUUCCCCACGAUGAGCCCAAAAUUCCGUUCGGUAAUACCAGCGAGCUAAUGAAAACCGUUCAGUUGUCGGAUAUUUUCAAGAGAACCUACAACAAGUACAAGAAAAGGACGGACGGGCCAUUUGUGGGUUUUUAUAUGUACUUCAAGCAGAUGGUGGUUGUAACCGAUAUUGAUUUCGUUAAGACCAUACUGAUUCGCGAGUUUGAUAAGUUCCACGAUCGCGGCCUAUUCCAUAACGAACGUGAUGAUCCACUGUCCGCCCAUCUAGUGAAUAUCGAAGGUCAGAAGUGGUAAACCCUGCGCCAGAAACUUACGCCCACGUUUACCUCUGGCAAGAUGAAGAGCAUGUUUCCCACUAUUCUGACCGUGGCAGAUGAUCUGAUUCGGGUUUUUGGACAAACAGCUAGUGCUGAUGGCGAUUCCAUAGAGAUCACAAAUGUGGUGGCCCGUUU